CACACAGAGACUGCUGAAGGAUGAAGCUUCAGUGUGAUGUGGAGGUUGUUAAUCGGAUGUUACCAACAUUCGGUCUGAAGAAUAAAGGCAAACCCAGCCGGGCUGUUUUAUCCAUCGGGAAGCAGGACAGAAGCUCCCAGAACCACAGCCUGUUUCUGCUGAUCUGCACUGCCAAAGACAGAAGCGGGUCCAAAUACAAGCUGAAGGAGAACAUUGAGAAGUUCUUCACCUGGUUUGUGGAAGAGGGCAAAGCCACGGUUCGACUGAAGGAGCCUGCGAUCGACAUCUGUCUGAGUAAAGCCGACACCAGCAGCUUGAAGAGCUUCCUGUCCGCCGCGCGACUGGCUCACAGAGGAAGUGACACGGACUCGCUCCCGCUAUCCUCCCUCGGCCCGGUCCGCGCACGCGACGUGGAGAAGCCCAAGAAGAAGCUCAGCAUUCUGUCUAAGAAGGACUACCCGCUAGCGUCCAGCUUCCCCUUCUCCCUGGAGCAGCUGCAGGUGUCGUACUGCCGGCUGACCCGCGUGGACAUGCGGAUGCUAGCGCUGCGGUCGCUGCGCCGGCUCGACCUUAGCAACAACCACAUCCGUAAGCUGCCGGCCACCAUCGGGGACCUGCGCUGCCUCGCGGAACUCAUCCUGCACAACAACCGCCUGCAGAGCUUCCCUGACGCCCUGUGUGUGUCCACUCUCCAGACCUCACUGCAGCAUCUGGACCUGAGCCAGAACCAGCUGACGGUUCUGCCCGCGCGCUUCUGCCAGCUACGGCACCUGGUGAAUCUGCGCCUGGAUGCUAACCAGCUCCAGCGGCUCCCUUUCCACAUCGGCCGGCUCUCCAAGCUACGCUUCCUCUCCGCGGCUCAGAACCAGCUCUCGGUACUUCCUGCGGGCUUCAGGAAGCUGUGCCUGGAGAACCUGGACCUGUUCGGGAACCCGUUUACUCAAGCCAAUGCUCUGGAGCACACGAUCCGUCUGACGUUCCCGCUGACGCUGCAAGAGCUGACGGCGCGCGCCGUGGUCGACCUCAGGAUCCCGCACGGGCCUCACCUCGUCCCCUUCCAGCUGUGUGACGAGCUGGACUUCUGUAAGGUGUGUGACUGCGGGCGCGCGUGUGUGAACUCCUUCAUCCAGACGGCGGUGGGCAUGAACCUGCACCUGGUGUCGCACACGGUGGUUCUGGUGGACAACAUGGGCGGCACCGAGGCGCCGGUGCAGAAACACUUCUGCUCGCUCGUGUGUUACUGCGAGUUCAUGGACGGCUGCGUGCAGCGCGACCUCAGAUGACCCCGCUUGUGUUUCUGUUUAUUCUCUUUUAUCUUUUGUGGAAAAGACUGUGAAUUCCUGCAACACAACAAAUGCUUUGUGAAACUAAUAAAAUGUAGUAUAACAAAGAAA